UAUAGUUUUAUAUCAAAGUUAUAUCGAUUAUACAGAAAAAGGCUAUUACAGUGUCGACACAGAUUAACUACACAAAACUCACUCCUCCCUCCAAUUUCUCUCUCCUCCCCAUUUUCUCGAGUUCGUCUCUACUCUAUUCCUCUCCCAUCAUUAUCAGGUAAAGUAAUGGACUCAUUGGACCCAGCAGACCGCAGAUACUUCGAAGACGAUGACACCCCCAUGAUGAAGGUGGUUAAGGGUACAACUAGUGGUUUAGCAGCUGGAACAAUCUUUGGUACCGUUGUGGCAACAUGGUAUGACGUGCCACGUGUUGAGAGAAAAGUCGCAUUACCAGGAUUGAUUAGGACUUUGAAAAUGAUGGGAAACUAUGGGCUUACGUUUGCUGCUAUAGGUGGUGUUUACAUUGGUGUAGAGCAGCUGAUGCAGCAUUAUAGGGCAAAGAGAGACUUUGUGAACGGGGCAGUUGGUGGCUUUGCUGCUGGAGCUACUGUGUUGGGCUUCAGAGGAAGGAGCAUUCCAACAGCAAUUUCUGCAGGAGCAGCAUUGGCUGUGACUUCUGCUCUCAUUGAUGCUGGGGGUCAAACAACAAGAAUCGACAAUGGUAAGGAGUACUACCCUUACACCGUCAAGAAAAGGCCUGCACCCACAGAAUAACCUCUCAUAAUCGCUGUCGUGUUUGAGAGGCAAUGCUUUUGCUUAUUCCAAGAAAAGAUGUAUUUUCUUUUGUGACAUUAUUUCGCCUUAGCCUUACCUUUAAAACUCAUUAGUGACACCUUGUUGAGUGAAUUUUGAAUAAAUUGAUACUGCCAUUUUGUAACUCUUUUUUUUAUUUAGCUUCUUUUAUGACC